AUGUCUCGCAACUUGAUAGAUCAGGACUUUGGGUCCGACGAGGAGGAUGAUGAUUUCAAUCCCGCGCCUGCAGAGGAAUCAGACAAUGAAGAGGUAGAUCGGGGCCAGGCUGGGCACCGUGGACGUGACGAUAAUGCCCGAAACAGGGAUGACGAUGAGGAUAGAGAGAAUGAGGCUGGCGGAGACGAAGAUGAGGAGGAUGACGAUGACCGCGGAGAGGACGACGAUGAGGAGGAGGCAGAAGAAGACGAGGAGGACGAAGAUGCUGUUUCGGGUCGAUCACGAAAACGCAGGAGGGGUCUUGGUGUUCACAACUUCCUCGAAGUCGAGGCCGGUGUCGAUGAGGACGAAGAUGAGGGAGAGGAUGAAGAGGAAGAGAUGGAAUUUGGUGGUGAUUUACACCCAGAUGAUGCAGAUGCGCUGCCCAUUGGGGCAGAGAUGGAUGACCGUCGACACCGUGACCUUGAUCGUCAGCGCGAGUUGGAGGCAAGCAUGGAUGCUGAGAAGCAAGCACAAUUGCUUAAAGAGCGUUACGGACGGAAUCGCGCCGCAGCCUCGGACGCUGUCGUCGUCCCCAAGCGGCUUCUACUUCCUAGCGUCGAUGAUCCCAGCAUCUGGGGUGUCCGUUGCAAGGCCGGAAAGGAGCGUGAAGUGGUUUUCGCAAUCCAGAAGCGCAUUGAGGAAAGACCCAUCGGUUCACGAAACCCCAUCAAGAUCAUUUCGGCCUUUGAGCGUGGCGGUGCUAUGAGUGGCUAUAUCUAUGUUGAAGCACGAAGGCAGGCCGACGUCAUGGAUGCCUUACAAGAUAUGUCGAACGUUUAUCCCCGGACGAAGAUGAUUCUGGUUCCCGUGAGGGAAAUGCCGGACUUACUGAGAGUUCAGAAGUCGGAAGAGCUCAAUCCUGGCGGCUGGGUUCGAAUCAAGCGUGGAAAGUACAUUGGUGAUCUGGCUCAGAUCGAGGAGGUGGAGACGAACGGCCUGGCUGUGACAGUCCGCUUGGUUCCUCGUCUCGAUUACGGACUGAACGAAGACUCUGGCGCGCCUAUCGUCGACCCUAAGAGAAAACGAGCUACUGCGAAUGCCGCUGUCGCUCGACCACCUCAACGCUUGUUUAGCGAAGCCGAAGCCAAGAAGAAGCAUAGCAAAUACCUCUCUGCUACGUCUGGUCUAGGUGGAAAGUCAUGGAGCUACCUGGGUGAAACCUACAUCGAAGGUUUCUUGAUCAAAGACAUGAAGGUGCAGCAUCUUAUCACCAAGAACGUUAAUCCCAGGCUCGAAGAAGUCACCAUGUUCGCUCGCGACUCCGAAAACGGCACAUCAAACCUCGAUCUUGCCUCCCUUGCAGAGACAUUAAAGAACUCUACGGCAGAAGAGUCAUACCUCCCUGGAGAUCCCGUGGAAGUCUUCAAAGGUGAACAACAAGGUCUUAUUGGCCGCACAAGUUCCACUCGUGGAGAUAUUGUGACUAUCUUGGUUACGGAAGGCGAGCUGGCUGGCCAAACGAUAGAAGCACCUGUGAAGACACUCCGCAAGCGCUUCAGAGAGGGUGACCACGUCAAAGUCAUCGGCGGUAGUAGGUACCAGGAUGAGUUGGGUAUGGUUGUGCAGGUUCGAGAUGACACAGUCACUCUUCUCAGCGAUAUGAGCAUGCAGGAAAUUACAGUCUUCAGCAAGGAUCUUCGUUUGUCCGCUGAGACAGGUGUUGAUGGGAAACUGGGCAUGUUCGAUGUUCACGAUCUCGUCCAACUAGAUGCUGCUACAGUUGCUUGCAUUGUCAAGGUGGAUCGUGAGUCAUUGCGAGUGCUGGAUCAGAAUGGUUCCAUCCGCACCAUUCUUCCUACUCAAGUUACCAACAAGAUUACUCCGCGCCGGGAUGCUGUCGCUACAGAUAGAAACGGAGCAGAGAUUCGACAUGGGGACACCGUCAAAGAAGUCUAUGGCGAGCAGCGGAAUGGCUUGAUCCUUCACAUCCACCGCUCAUUCCUCUUUAUACACAACAAAGCCCAGGCUGAAAAUGCGGGUAUAAUCGUUGUGCGCACCACCAAUGUUGUAACAGUUUCAGCGAAGGGAGGGAGGUCGACGGGCCCGGAUCUCUCAAAGAUGAACCCAGCUUUGAUGAAAAAUGGCGCCCCAGGCGGCAUGAUGGCUCCUCCUGCGAGGAGCUUUGGACGUGACCGACUGAUCGGAAAGACAGUCAUGGUCAAGAAGGGACCUUUCAAGGGCCUCGUUGGUAUUGUCAAAGACACAACGGACGUCCAGGCCCGCGUGGAGCUUCACUCUAAGAACAAACUUGUGACAAUUCCCAAGGAGUUGCUUGUCGUCAAAGAUCCUAUUACCGGUCAGACAAUUGACAUGUCUCGUGGCAGAGGAGGCCCACGGGUUCCUCAAGGUGGUUCGGCCGCUCCACCAUCUGGCUGGCAGGGGGGUCGUACUCCAGUGGCUGCCGCCGAUUCCUCAAGAACACCAGCCUGGGGUGGAGCUGCUUCAUCCAGAACUCCUGCCUGGGGUGGUCUCGGUUCUCGCACACCUGCUUGGAAAGCUGACGGCUCACGAACAUCAAAUCCCUAUGACGGCAGUCGCACAGCCUAUGGAGGCGUAGGGUCUCGCACGCCAGCCUGGAACGCGGGAGCACGGACGCCAUACGGCGGCAGCGACUUCGAUGCCUUUGCAGCUGGCUCAAGGACCCCUGCCUGGGGCGGAGCUAAUGCUGGUGGUCGUACCCCAGCCUGGUCAGCCGGUGGUUCUUCAGCUAGCAACAGCAAGGCUUACGAUGCUCCCACACCCGGCGCAGCUUACUCGGCACCUACCCCAGGCGCAUAUGCCGCCCCGACUCCCGGCCUUUCAGCACCAACGCCAGGAGCCUGGGCUGACAGUGCGCCAACACCUGGCGCAUACAAUGCUCCCACGCCUGGUGGUCCGUCAAGAAGACCAUACGAUGCGCCGACCCCUGCCGACUUCGAUGGUGGAAGCCGCCCAUAUGAUGCACCAACGCCAGCGAUGGGCGCCGCUACACCGGGAGCUGGUCCAUACGACGGCGACGAUGGCGGUCCGCGAUACGAAGAAGGGACUCCCAGUCCUUGA